AUGCGCUUCAACGACGGAUUUUGGCUACUCAAGAACGGUGUCAAAGCCCAUCACGGGCUCCAAGUCGUGCAAGCGACCCAAGACGGUGACGGAUACAAUCUCCAAGUCUCCACAAAGCCCAUACGCCAUCGAGGAGACACGCUCGCCGGACCCGUACUGAGCGUACGAGUACAUUCUCCGACUGAGGGUGUAAUCGGUGUCAGGAUAGAUCACUUCAGGCACAUUGAUCCUACCCCCAACUUUUCCUUGUUUCCCGACGAUCCUCCAGUACCUUCAGCAACUCUGACGAAGAGAGACGCCUCUUGGUCGCUGGCGACGGGUGACCUCAGUGCAGAAAUAGCCGAGAACCCGUACACGAUCACGAGCGCUUCAAACGCCUCCUGUCUUGCAACCGACAUAGAUUCUAAUCCAAACCCGUUGCCUCCUCCGGAAACCGUACGAUAUAUGCACUCAGAGCUGAACCUCUCGCCGGGGGAGCUCGUAUAUGGGCUCGGAGAGCAAUUUGGCGCUUUCGUAAAGAACGGCCAGUCGGUCAGCGUUUGGAACCAGGAUGGCGGCACAUCCAGUGAACAAGCGUACAAAUGUGUCCCGUUUUACAUCACCAAUCGCAAUUAUGGUGUGUUCAUAAAUCACCCAGGCGAGGUGGAAGUCGAGGUUGGUAGCGAGAAGGUCAGUCGGGUCGGAGUGAGCGUAGCAGGGGAGAGCCUGGAAUUCUUCGUCAUCUAUGGUCCCACUCCUUUAGAGAUUCUGGAACGCUACACUCGUAUGACAGGCAGACCAGCCUUACUGCCUUCCUGGACGUUCGGGCUGUGGCUCUCGACCUCAUUCUUGACUUCCUAUGACGAUAAGACCGUAUCCAGCUUCCUCCAAGGCAUGCAAGACCGCAACUGUCCGGUCCGCGUUUUCCACCUCGACUGUUUCUGGAUGAAGCAGUAUGAAUGGUGUUCCUUCACGUUUGACCCCGACAACUUCCCGAAUCCGCGGGGGUACUUGUCUGAUAUCAAACGCAAAUACGAUGUAAAGAUUUGCGUGUGGAUAAACCCGUACAUUUCCCAGCUGUCCCCGAUCUUCCAAGAAGCGGUGAAGGGAGGGUACCUCAUCAAGCGGACAGAUGGGACACCUUGGCAAUGGGACCUGUGGCAGCCUGGCCUAGGCGUGGUAGACAUCACAAAUCCCGCUGCACAAAAAUGGUACGAGGACAAGCUAGAAGCCCUCAUUGACCUAGGCGUCGACACCUUCAAAACCGAUUUCGGCGAACGCAUUCCCCACGCCUCCGUCGUUUUUCAUGACGGAUCUGACCCGAUGCGUAUGCACAACGCGUAUGCAGUGAUAUACAACGAGAUGGUGUUCCGGGUUCUGGAACGUCGUUUCGGCAAAGGGGAAGCCGUCGUCUUCGCACGUUCCGCGUCAGCCGGUGGACAGAGGUACGUCCGUGGCCAUCACUGGGGAGGAGAUUGUGAAUCCACAUUUGAAGCAAUGGCCGAGACUCUCCGCGGCGGUCUUAGUCUCACGACGUCAGGUUUCGCCUUCACAUCCCACGACAUCGGCGGUUUCGAGGGGCACCCACCACCCGAGAUUUACCAUCGUUGGGUGGCCUACGGGCUCUUCUCGUCUCAUUCUCGGUUGCACGGGUCGAUGUCAUAUCGCGUGCCAUGGCAUUACGGCGAAGAGGCUGCGGCAUAUAUGGCGCGCUUCCUGGACGCUAAGCAUAGGCUAAUGCCGUACCUGUAUAACCUGGCGCUGAAGGCUCGCACCCACGGACACCCCUUGCAACGAGCAAUGUUUAUCGAGUUCCCCUCGGACCGCACAACGCACACUCUCGACCGGCAGUAUAUGCUAGGCCCCUCGCUACUUGUCGCGCCGGUAUUCGUUCCUCAGGGCGAAGACACCGAAUAUUACGUACCCGCGGGGCGAUGGACAUCGUUCUUCCAUCCCCAGCGCUUUAUCCAAGGCCCCAUUUGGGUACAGGAGGCCAUUCCGCUCGAUGAAAUUCCGGUCUGGGUCCGUCCGGGAACAAUACUGUGUCUGGGACCUAGAGGCGUAGGUCGUCCGGACUAUGACUACGCGAAGGGGUUAGAUGUCCAAUUGUAUGAAUUGGAGGACGGCCAGAAAGUCGAGACCGAGGUACCUACCGGAACCGGAACAGAGAUCGCUGGGAUCAUCACGGCGGAGAAAAGAGUGGGUCAGUUGCAGGUAAAAGUGGAAGGGAACCUGGAACUUGCGAGCGUCACCUUGCUUCAGGGUGGACAAGAGGUCCGUGUAAAGGUCGAAAAGGGCGAAAGAGUAGUAUCUCUUAGGCUAUGAGAUGACGGCCGUACUUUUGGAUGAAUGGUUUGGAUACCUAUAGCUAGUAUGGAACACAUUUCUAUGGA